AUGGGGCUUCUCUCCAACACGACCAUCUUCACACUGAUGGUGCUGCCCAUUUUUCUGCUCACGAAGGGCCACCACAUCGAAUUUGGGCGUCUCAUUGUACUCGCGGCGGUUAUUGCGUCGUACAUGAUUGCCGAGUCAACGCUGCUGGCGUCUCUGGCAGGGAUGCCACUUCCGCAACACCUUGUCACGGUGGUGGUGAUACCCGUUGUCGACAUAUUAUUGAUGAAUUUUGUGCUAAACGACUCGAAGGCGCGGAAGGUGCUGCGCGUUCACGACGCCAGCGAUGAUGCGGCGGCGGCAGUGGCUGCGCUCUGGACAACGGUGGAGCUCGUGCUCUACCGUUGUUUCCGCUGGUAUCGCGUUAUAAGCGUGCUUGGCUUUGAUGCAGAGAACCUUGUAUCGGCGGCUGAGUCCUUCGUUGGCCUAAAUGCACUGCUUCUCGCGGCUCGACGCAUAAACGGUUUGGGUAAUAACGGCGGUAGCGGUAGUAGUGCAACUCAAAACGCGUGGGUAGCAGUCUUGUUCCUGCGUGUGGCGAUGACAGCUGUUGGUGUGGUGCUUGGAUCCACGCUUGUGGGCAGCAUCUUGUUCGCUGCUGCUCUGUUGCUGCUGCAGCUGCUUCGUCCACCAACCCACACCGCCAACAGCAAGGAGGACUAG